CACCUGCCUUGCCCUAACCCCCGUUGCGCACGCGCACCGUCGCACGCCGCCGCAACACGCCCGCCCGUCCGGACGGCGACUGACGGCCUCCACCACCUGGCGGCGGCAAACCGGGGCGCGAGCAGCUGGCGAGUGAGAGGCGGCCGGCGAACAUAUAGCAUAUUUUGGAGUCUCUCCACUCCUCCUUGCUAUCUCCAUCCCAAUCAACAAGAUGGCACGUCAAUCCGCUCUCUCGCUCGUCAAAGAUCGGGCCAAGGUGGGAGCGCUGAAGCGUCUGACUCUGAGCUCAUCCAAGACGGCAGGUAGGAACUCAUCUGGGCGCAUCACCUCUUUCCACCGCGGCGGAGGGGCCAAGAGGUUGCAGAGGAAAGUUGAUGUGAAGCGGAGCACCUCUUCCCUGGGCAUUGUGGAGCGGAUCGAGUACGACCCUAAUCGCUCCUCUAGCAUUGCUCUGGUGCGAUGGGUCCAAGGGGUACAUUUCCGUCGCCACAAGAUUCCACAAGAGCUCAGUACUGAGUCUCAGAUACCAGAAUCUACCACAGCUGAUAUCUCCGCUCGGUUUUCCCUUGCACCAUUGUCUGGUAGAGUGCAUAAAGCAAAGGAAGCUUCUUCUGCGCUGUACUCUUCAGCUUCGUCUGCACUGUACUCUUCUCUGGGUAAUGGAGAUAUUCCAUCUGUUAACUCUUGCGCAUCAAUGAGCUUGCCUAGGAUAGCUUUAGCUGGUGCCAAGCCCACUUUCUUCACUCAAGCCAGAGGAAAUGAAGAAGGAAAACAGACAUUUUCUCUUUCUGGAAUUCAAAAAUGGGCAACGGAUGAUGCACUUUGGGCACAGAGAAUGAAGCGUCAAGCUGCUCUCUCUUGGCAGAAUGAUUUGAAGAAGAAACCAUUGCCACAGGCACAAGCUAACUUCAGUACCUCGACAACCAAGUCUAUGGGUACGAGUAAAGGGCCGAAUGGAAAGGUUGAUUGUGUACCAGUAUCUUAUAUAUUGGCCAGCCACCAAUGCCUUCCAGGUAGUACAGUGAUGAAUUAUGAUUCCUCGAAACCUUCUAAGAGUUCAGCCUCUUCGCUAUCAGCUAAUCAGUUUGAUAUAAUCGACCUCAACUCAAAGGUUGGAAAUUGCAUACCAUUAGCCAAUGCACGAAUUGGAACAUGGGUGCAUGAUAUUGAAUGUCGUCCUGGUCAGGGUGGGAAGAUGGUCCGAGCAGCUGGUACAUUUGCUAAAGUUGUCCAGGAGCCAGGUGCGCAGUGUGUUCUGCGCCUUCCUUCAGGUGCUGAGAAGACUGUGGAUUCGAAAUGCCGUGCUACAAUUGGUAUAGUCUCCAACCCAAGCCAUGGUACACGCAAGCUAAGAAAAGCAGGGAACAGCCGGUGGUUAGGCAGACGCCCUGUUGUCCGUGGUGUUGCGAUGAAUCCUGUGGAUCAUCCCCAUGGCGGAGGUGAGGGGCGUACCAAAGGAGGCAGGCCUUCAGUUUCUCCUUGGGGAAAGCCCACUAAGGCAGGGUACCGAUCACCAAGUGCCGCCAGCCGUAGAGCAUAGCGGCUGCAACAAAGCUCAUAUGGAUCAGCCCUUUUUUUUGUUCUCUUCCUUAUGGUUGAGAAAAUAAAGAACAAAUGUUAGUAGCAGAGGGAAUUGUGAUACAUCAACUUGGUUUUGAUGUAAGAAUUAAUGUUUUCAUUACAAUGUUUGUUAUUAUUAUGUUGGUUAUCUUUUUGCUGAAAA